AUGGCGACGUACCAGAACGGCGUGGCUCCGGCCCGCGCGCUCGAUGAUGACAGCGACGUCGAGGAGGAAGCCCUGGUGGCCGAGUACAAGGAGCAUGUCCAGUAUGAGGACGGUGAUGAGCUCAGCCAAACCACUUCCCUGACCAUGGCGCAACAAGCCGACGACAUCCAGGCUCGACUUGUCCAGGCUGCUCAACCUCUCGAUUUCUCGGCGCCCCUGGACGUCAAGUUCCAGAGUUACGACUCUUACUGCAGCUUGUUCCACUUCAUCUUGAACUCCGAGGGCCCUGUCGACCUCGAGCCUCCUUCAUACUACUGGGCUUGGGAUGUCAUCGAUGAAUUCAUCUACCAGUUCAACUCCUUCUCCUCAUAUAGGUCGCGAAUCGCUCGCCAAGCCUCUAACGAGGAGGAAAUCCAGAUUCUCCGAGAGAACCCCAACACCUGGGGCUCAUACAGUGUUCUCAAUGUGCUGUACUCCCUGAUCCAGCGAUCUCAAAUCACUGAGCAGCUCGCUGCCAUGAAGCGAAACGAGGACCCCGCUGCUGUUGCUGGCGACUAUGGUUCCAAGAACCUGUACAAGAUGCUGGGAUACUUUUCCAUUAUUGGUCUGCUACGCGUGCACUGCUUGCUCGGAGACUUCGCCCUCGCCCUCAAGACGCUCGACGACAUUGAGCUGAACAAGAAGGCCAUGUUUGCUCGCGUCAUGGCCGCCCACUUCACCACGUACUACUACGUUGGUUUCUCCUAUAUGAUGAUGCACCGCUACGCUGAUGCCAUCCGCAUGUUCAGCCACAUCCUCAUCUACGUCUCGAGGACCAAGAACUUCCAGAAGAACGCCCAGUACGACUCCAUCACCAAGAAGAAUGAGCAGAUGUACGCUCUCAUCGCCAUUUGCGUGGCCUUCCAGCCUACGCGGCUGGAUGACACCAUCCACAGCGCCCUCCGAGAGAAGUACGGCGACCAGCUGCUCAGGCUGCAGCGUGGUGGCCCCGAGUCGCUGCCCAUCUUUGAGGAGCUCUUCCGAGCUGCCUGCCCCAAGUUCAUCUCGCCCGUUCCUCCCGACUUUGACAACCCGGAGUCGAACAUUGACCCGGUCGAGCACCACCUGGCCGUGUUUAUGGACGAGGUCAAGACCAAUAUGUGGAGCCCUACCAUCAAGUCCUACCUGAGACUGUACACCACCAUGGACCUGAACAAGCUCGCUGGCUUCCUUGAGGUCAAGCCCGACGAGCUGAGAUCAUGGCUCCUGGUGACUAAGCAGCGCACCAAGCAGCUGCGAUGGAACGACCAAGGUCUUCUUGAUGGUGAGCUAGUCAACGUUAGCGACCUUGACUACGCUUUACAGGGAGACCUGAUUCAUAUUUCCGAGGCCAAGGUCGGACGCAAGCUGGUAGACUGGUACCUCCGCAACCUGUCUCGCACCUACAACUAA